AUGUCCUCAGAUACUCUGUUCACCAUCAUCAACCUCUGUGUAGCUGCAGUCCUCAUCAGUGGUGUUAUAUAUGGCUGUUACAUAAAACUCAGAUCAAAAUGGUUGGACACAGUGGAAAAAUGUCCAAAUCCAAAACUUCUUGAUGUGCAUCCAUCUGAGCAAAAGUUCUUGAAGCCUGUACCGCCCAUCUUCUCCUCUGUCUGUGUUGAGCCUCUCUCAGACGACAGGAGACUGUGGUUUAAACAUCCACUGAAAGACUCCAGUGAUGGGAGCCUUCAACAAAGCAGUGGAAUCGGCUCUGGCUCCUCUUGUCUCAGCGACGCCAACUCAGAACCUGCGGGCAUUAUAAGUGAAGUUCAGGAUGCCACCAGGAAAGCCCUCUCUAAGAUCAUCCCCACAUCACCUUUGACCACUGGCCUAAUGACAGACUUUCCCCAAGACAGCAGUUUGCUCUGUGCUCCUCACAACCUUUGUGAUGUCCAAGAUGAGGACAUGAGUCCCGGGUUGUCUGCGUUCCUAAAUAAAACCUUCUCCAUCCCAAUUCCUGGUGACCCUGUUCAGACUGCGACAGACAUCUCUGAGGUCCAGAUUGAAAUGCCCUGUGAGACUGCGUACCGUCCAAGUGAGGGUGCCACUGUGGUCUCUACUUACCAACAGGCAGCACCAUGUCCACCCAUCACUUUGCCUUUCUCUUUGAUACCCACUGACAUUUCCUAUCAGUCGUGCAACACAGAUUCAGGGACAUAUACAUUUCAACACUCCGGUAUAUCCUCCGUCUCCAGUGGAACAAACACAACCCCAUCAUGUGAUCCUGUAUGUAGAGUUGAAGCUGCAUGUGAGGGUUUUGAAAAUGGAAAAAUUGAUGCCGAGGCCAUUGUUAGUGAUGAAAAUCCCUGCUCUGUGCCUGCAGAGUCACACACAUAGGCGGUUUUACCAUUAGGCAAAGGUAGGCAAUUACCUGGGGCCUCAUCCAAGGGGGGCCUC